AUGGAACCGAAGAAAAUUACCAGAGUCCAUUGUAAGGUUGCAUUCCGGGUUAAUCUGAUUAAGUGUAGUGGUAAAUGGAGUUGCAAGGAGUUCUCAACAGAACACUCACAUCCGGUCACCAUCAAUGACCACAAGCAGUUUCUACGGUCCAACAGGUUUGUGUCACCUAGUGAUCUUCAGCAGGCAAAGUCAAUGAAGGAUGCAGGUGUUAGAACAUGCCACAUAAUGUCGUACAUGGCCGACAAGGUGGGGGGUUAUCAUAAAUUGUCGUUCACGGUGAAAGACCUGUACAAUCGUAUGUCUGCUGCAACAAAUGUGCAGUUUGCAGGAUCGGACGCGGGUCGUGCUGUCAGGUAUCUAGAGCAUAAAGCUGAUCACGACCCGAGAUUUUAUGGAAUAUUCUCGUACGACAACAAAAGACGACUUUUGAACUUGUUUUGGGCGGAUGGGAAGUCAAGACUGGACUAUGAGAUGUAUGGACAUUCAAUCGCAUUUGACUCAACAUAUAAGACCAAUAGUUAUGGCAAACCGUUACUUGUAUGGGUGGGAGUCAACAACCAUUUCAGGACUACCAUACUAGGCCUUGCAAUUCUCGCAAACGAGUCUGUAAGCAGCUACAUGUGGGCGACACGAGCCUUUUUAGAAUGUAUGGAUGAGGCUCAACCCAAAACAGUUGUCACCGAUGGCGAUGAGGCGAUUGCAACAGCAAUAGAGGCUUUGAUCCCAAAUGCAACCCACCGCCUAUUUUAUUGGCAUAUGCAGAACAAAGCUGUUAAGAAGGUGAAAGACCCAAGUUUUAGCGAAAGCAUAACAAAGCUCGUGUUCAAGUAUUAUGAUGUUGACGAGUUUGAGGAUAAAUUCAGUGAAGUUAUGAUACAGUAUGGGUUGCAAGGAAAGAAGUAUGGUGCUAAAUUGUACAAUAUAAGACAUAAAUGGGCAGAGACCUACUUGAGAGGGAACUUUUUCUGUGGCAUGUCAACCACCCAACGUAACGAAGGUAUUAAUGCCGUUCUGAAGAAAAAAUUGAACCAGAAGUUGAAGCUAUAUGAAUUUGUUAGGGCCCUUGACAUGGCCCUUUCAUGGGUUAGGCAUCGCAAAGCAACCGAUGAUUAUGAGUCACUGCACACAUCACCACAAUUAGGAGUGACGAACUUACCAGUUAUGGAGGAAGAACUUUCAAGGAUAUAUACAAGGAAUAUGUUUUUUAAGGUUAGACGACAAAUGUCAAAGGAAGGCCAGUACACUGUACUCACAAAAACCAUCAUGGAGGGUGCUAUAAUGAUGAAACUACACAAGUUUCGUCGGGGACCAAGCCGAGCAGUCUAUGCAACUUUCGAUCAUGACUUUUUUGUCUGUGAAUGCCAAUAUUUUCUUACGUUUGGGAUACCAUGUAGGCAUAUGUUUGCCGUAAUGAAGCACCUAGACAUGGGACACAUGCCAAAGUCACUUAUUGUGACGCAGUGGACAAUUGAAGCUCGGUCGGGAGAGAGUUCAAUCUGGAAUGAUAGUUGUAUUCAUAUUGAUAAAACCAACAUCCAAAAGGCUAGGUUUGGACAAAUAAGUAAUCGAAUGAAUGAGGUUGCCUUCCUCGCAAGUAGGACCGACUAUGGACAUCGUAUUGCUACACUCGAAAUUGAUCGAAUUUGUGCAACAUUGAAAGAAGCUUUAGUGAUUGGUGGAGAUAGUUGCACGUCCAACCUCCCUAUGCAUAGGGCGUCCCAGUUCAUUGUGCAAGACCCAGAAUUCAGCAAAUCUAAGGGGACUGGGAGAAUAGCAGGAACAAGAAAUAGUGUCGGUAGGAAAUGUAGUUUAUGCAAGAAGGCUGGUCACAACAAGUUAACAUGCCCCAAAAGACUGAAGGGAAAGGAACAGUGUGUCUAUUCCGAAGAUUCCAAAAAUGAAGAAGAUGACGAAUAUGCUAAUCAUGAAGAGGGCAGUCAUCAAUGGACAGAAAACAAAACAUUCAAUUUUGAAGAAGAUGAAGUGGGAGGUAGUCAAGGAAGAGAGUUUGACUUCAAAGCUUAG